UGUCGCAGUAUUUGUACACCAGCGACUGGCCUCCUUGCUGUCUGCAACGACAGGGAUAGUGUGGUUCUUCAGACCCACUCUUUGCACCAUGGUUGGCGUGUUCAUACUGGGGCUUUUUCUCCUGUCUUUAUUUGGGAGUAUAGAAGCUCAAAAGACACAAUCCACAAAUAUUCAGUCCAAAUGUUUGGGAAAUAUCUUGCGUGUGGACGUCGGUCCACUUCGAGGGAAGCUUUUGGAAGUUUCUGCUGUUGUUGGUAACUCUGCCUAUAAGCUUACGCAAAGUUUGGCAACACAGUGCGGCUUCAGUAUGAAGUACAACCAGCAAGAAACCAUUGUGAUCUAUGCCUCCAUUCAUAACUGUUUUGCUCAAAACAUGGGGGAUUCUUUCAGAACAGUGUUAAAUCUCAGGCUCUAUGGUAACCAGAUGGUUCAAGGCGAGGUGUAUCAGGUGGCUGAAACCUGCAGCUACAGCACGCCGGCCUCCAGGGAAAUAAUCUGUGACCGCAACUAUAUGGAGGUGUCCGUGAAAAGGGUCGUUCCAGAUGAUUAUGCCAAACCUCGGAAUCUUGUGCCAGGGACCCAGUCGAAGUCUGAUCAUGGACGGGCUACUGAGAAGCUAAUUGACUCUGGAUACAAAAUCUCAACACUGGUGCUCAACACUCCUGAGGAGAAGAAAAUGACCUUGAUGGAGGCCCAAAGACAUGGCUACAGGAUUGCCAACACGCCGACGAGACUCGUUCUGCGAAGUUCCAAGUCUGCGCCUGACACAUACAUACAACAUGUAGCCGGUGUGCCGAUGGCCGUGCUGCAGGCCACCACUAUCUUUAAAAAGAAGUGGCUCACAACUGAAAUCGAGGCAGCAGCUGCUUGCCCAAUAGUGGAAGGAAGUGUUUACAUCACAGAGAAGCUGAUCAGCUGGUUCCUGCCCACCCGUAUAGACCCGCUCAUUUCUUCUGGCAAGUUCAAACAUCUGGAGGUGCACAUGGGCAUCGAUGGAAAGAGGUUGGAUGCCGCGGAGGUGUCGGCCCGACGCUACAACAUGACAGUUGACCACAUGUACAUUGCGGUCCAUAUUCCUAUCGGGGCGCCUGGUGGAUUCUUUAAGAGUGUGGUCCAGAAUGGUCAGUACUUUGUCUGCUAUGUGAUUGAGCCUAUGCUUGAAUUGCUAUGGAUGGAGGAUGCCACCAAUCGAGACACAAGAUACAAAGUUCUCUUCCCCAUCACGACACCGCCAAUGUCUCAACCCGUGCAAGUGUAUGACAACUCUGUUGUCCAGCAGCAAGUUUUCAAAGUGAUGAUCGGGCCUUUUGCGCCUGAUGUGGCUCUCGCAAACAUUACGUUAGCCGAGGAGGUUUUGACGGUGAUGGACUCCACCAAGCGAAGCUUGAGUGUGCAGGAGCGUCGUGCUCACAACGGCAGCUUGAAGUUCUUCGUGCUAAAAUUACCUUUCACAGACAAAGCAGUCUUACAGAAGAAAGAAACAGGGGUUACAGUCUACUCUCUAAAAGUGACUCUUGGUCUGGUGGUUCUGCCAGAGUUUGCACCAUUUUCUUACUCUACUAAUCUGAAAGCAAAAAUGGUUGAUGCGGUCAAACCUUCCAUCAGUGGCAUCUGCGACUCCCGGAACUUCUACAUUCUCGUGCAAUCCGGAAUGCAAGGCCACACCUUCCGAACGACCUUGGGAAAGCGCCUUUUGACGCAGAGUGUGGCUCAGGAAUACGGCUUCACAGAGAACAGAACCCACUUCAGUGUCGUGGUGCCCUUCACAUCCCAAGAUGUUGCCUAUGAGGCUAUCGAUGUAUCUGUGAAAAAGAUCGAGGAGUCAUUCAUCAAAGGCAGACUUGAUGUCAUGUUGCAAAAUCCCGAAACCAACCACAAUCUCCAAGCCUUCACUCUGACUUGUAGUUUCCCCGCCACGCUGAUUGAAUGUUUACCCAAUGGAACCAUGACUGCUCUCGCCGUCAAACUGGAGUCUGUUCCCAGUCUGAACCCCCGUCAGCUGACCCUCAGAGACCCAGCAUGUGUUCCCGCCUACAGCAACGACCGCUAUGCUUAUUUUGUCUUCACCGGUAACACGUGUGGGACCACCAGAAAGUUUUUGUCCAAUGUGAUGCUGUAUGAGAAUGAAAUCUCUCUACCGGAUGCAGAUCUGAAAAGAGGCGCCCUCGAUGAGCCAGAAUAUGAGUUAAAGGUUUCUUGCUACUAUGACGUCAAUACAAGUCGUGCCAUGACCUUCCAUACCAGGCCUCGCAGGAAUGAACCAUAUGCAGAAAAUGGAAAAGGCGAGCUCCAAGUGGCACUAAGGCUUGCAAUAGAUGACUCCUACAAUGAAUUUUAUGGUGACUCAGACUACCCGAUAUCAAAGUACCUGCAGCAGCCGUUGUAUUUCGAAGUGGAACUCGUGAGGUCAAUGAAUCCUAAAGUGUCACUAGAGUUGGAGAACUGCUGGGCCACAGUGGAUGAAGACAGGGCAUCCCAGCCCAGAUGGAAUCUAAUCAUAAAUGGCUGUCCAAACCCUGUUGAUCCACAACGUGUGGUCUUCCACCCUGUGUGGACAGAUGACAGAGUGCAGUAUCCAUCCCACAUCAAGCGCUUUGCGGUCCAGAUGUUUGCUUUUGCUGAAGACCAGGAUAACUUGAAGAAGCAGCUCUACCUCCACUGCGAUGUGGAGAUCUGUGACCCCCGGAACCGUCUGAGCAAAGUGUGUAGGAACAGGCGCUGUUCCAGCCAGGACAACCGGAUCAAAGUUCAAAAACGAGCCACUUCAGAUUUGGACCUCAGACACGUGUCUUCUGGUUGUAUACUUGUAAAGUGAUAACAAUAAAGUUACUUUUUAACAUGA